AUGGCUUCCAACAGAGACAGCGCAAUAUCCCUGCCCUCGUUGAACACGAAACUGAAGAUCGACUUUUCGCAGCCUUUGGAGGGUACAGUGGACACUGGAGUCAUCAAAGGCAAAACCGCAAUCGUUCAGGAUGGGGCAACUGGUCUUGGACUCGGCAUUGCUACAGCGCUCGCUGAGCAAGGCGCCAACGUCGCCAUCUGUGGGAGCGACCCGAAAGCAGGCGAGGCCGCCGAGACCGAUCUGAAUGGUCGCGGGCUUUGUGUGAGCUACUUCAAGACCGACUCGGGCGAUUGGAAUUCGCUGUUAUCGACGUUCAAGCAAGUGGUAGCUUGGUCUCGCGACCAGCUGGACAUCGUUGUGACUACGGCUGGCAUUGUCACCCACAACAUGCUUAUGUCGGCUCUGCCGCGAAACCAUCGACCUGGCGCUGAUCCGCCCAAGCCUCCAACGAACGUCCUUGAAAUCAACUUUCUGGGUGUUUACUACACGACCUCGUUGGCGAUAUGGUAUUUCAACCAGCUGGAGUCGAAACGACUGGAUCCGAGCUUCAACCCACAGCUUCUCUUCAUCUGUUCAAUGGCAGGGUACGAAGGUCUCGAGUUCGGCACAGACUACGCAGCCUCCAAACACGGCGUACGAGCGAUCUGGAAGACUACCAGAUGGCCUCGACAGAGCAUGGCGCAGUAUCAAUCCAACUUACUUGCGCCAACAUACGUGAGCAAGAAGAAAAUCGCUGGCGAGUCGGAGCAGAAACUCAGGGAGCACAAUGCCCAGACAAACGACAUUGCGGACGUUGUUGCUGGAGCACUGCGAUGUAUCUGCGACAAGAAAGUACAAGGGCGAGCGGUAGGGUGUGUACAGGGAUCUACGGGUACUCCUGGACGGCUCAACUUUGAUCUUUGCGAUGACUUGACAGGAGGGAGUGGUGGAAAGGAGUUACUCGACAAGGCGGAGGACAUUUGGCUGCCUUCGAGUGCUACGCUCAAGGAGGACUCUGAUUGUGCUGUUCAGUGA